AGAAUAUUAGUCUGAUUACUGCAUUCUAUUUUAUUGACUGUGCAGUCUAAUGCCUGUGAAUUUUCCUCAUAUUUUACUUUUUGGUGGUGAUAUAUAAACUUUGCUAGUUCUUCUCUUUUCCUUUUCCUGCACACUUAUCAAUUAUGUCGUGUAUAGCAAGUGGGAAAUUGUUAUUCUUGCCAAUUGUUAUUGUAGUGUCAAGUUUUCCUCUACAAUUAUAUAAGUGCUGCAAUAUAGCUAAUGACUUUAAUUCGCUUCUGUAUGCUAAUAAUCUUAAGUAAACUCUUUUCCCGAUUAACUUUCAUACUAAUACUAACAGAAUCUCAACAAAUUGCCAUUUCGGAAAAACAAUGACCCGAGGAGGUAGCACCUAUGAGGGUGUAAUUGCACCUGACACUGUUGAAUCCCGACCAAUGCCUUCUAGAAAAGUUUCGAUUCUCAUUGGUGAGAAAAAUGGAGCAGCAUCAAACACAGCCGUUCACGAACUGCUCGAAUGCCCUGUUUGUAUGAAUAUAAUGUACCCUCCAAUUCACCAGUGUCCAAAUGGCCACACUUUGUGCUCUAAGUGCAAGUCCAAAGUGCGUUCUUGCCCAAUUUGCCGUCAAGAACUUGGGAACAUAAGAUGCCUGGCAUUGGAGAGAGUUGCAGAAUCUCUAGAAGUGCCAUGCAGAUAUCAGAUUUUUGGUUGUCAGGAUAUAUUUCCCUAUCAAAGCAGGCUUAGGCAUGAACAGAGUUGUGGCUUUCGUCCGUACAAUUGCCCUUAUGCUGGAGCCGAAUGCCACGUCAGUGGCAGUAUCCCGUCGCUGAUACAACAUCUGAAGAAUCAUCAUCAAGUUGAUAUGCAUGACGGGAGUACUUUUAACCAUCGGUAUGUGAAGACCGAUCCCCAAGACUUUGAAAAUGCGACAUGGAUGUUGACGCUUUUCAACUGUUUUGGUUACCAGUUCUGCUUGCACUUUGAGGCUUUCAAUCUGGGAAGGGCUCCCGUUUAUAUGGCAUUCAUUCGUUUCAUGGGCGAGGAACAUGAUGCCAGAAAGUUCAGUUAUAGCUUGGAAGUUGGCGCAAACGGCAGAAAGCUGACUUGGCAAGGAGUUCCUAGGAGCAUUCGUGAUAGUCAUAAAACAGUCCGAGAUAGUAUGGAUGGACUAAUUAUUCAUAAAAACAUGGCACUCUUUUUCUCAGGAGGUAAUAGCCGGGAGCUGAAGCUAAAAGUAGCUGGGCGUAUAUGGAAAGUAUAGUAGUAAACUAGGUGUACUAUGGAUGGACUGACUAUUCAAAAGAACAUGGCACUUUUUUCCCCCUCCGAGGUAAUAGCCGGGAGCUGAAGCUAAAAGUAGCUGGGCGAAUAUGGAAAGUACAGUCGUAAACUAAAUGUACUUUCGUGGAAUCACGAUCAUGGAGUACAUUAUUUUCCCCUUUCUUGGCAGGAACACGACUGGCAAAUUUCUCAUGUACAGGCAGGAUAUUUUUUAAUUUGUCUGUAAAUGAACUGCAUAAAAGGUAUAGCCUGUGGGCUACUUUUUAACAGUUUGAACUCCAUAGGCAUAUUUACUUGAAAAAGUUUUCUGCAGAAUUUGGACAAUUUAUUAGUUGCUUUUGUUGAAGCUGUGAUUAGCCCCUCCCCAAGCGCAAUGAUUGAUAUACAGAACUCUGACUCGACUAAACACUGUAAUGAACAAGAUCUUUUCUUUC